GGAGGCGGAGAGGGGGAGGUGGGAGAUGGAGAGAGAGCUGGAGAGCGCAAAACGGGGGCUGACGCGCCCCUCCUUGGACGAGCCAAACCUGGUAAACCUGAGAAUGGGGAUGAAAGGGACGGAUUUGGAAGACCAAGAUCAAGACCGAGAUAUGGACGAGCACGAAGACGGGGACGCAAACAGGGACGUACGAGCAAUGGGACGGUCUUUGGCUCGGGAGAUGGAGGAUACCCUAGGGCUUGGCACGCUCGGGGUUGGGAUGGAUGGGUUGAGCCUUUUGAUGUUGGGGAAGGGUGGGCCUGGGUCUGUUUCUGCUGCUGCUGCUGCUGCUGCUGGUGGUGGUGGUGGUGGUACGCUCCCCCUGCCGGCGGGGGCGGCUUACCCGGCUAGUGCGUAUCCGUAUCCCUACCCAUACGAUGGCUACCACCCGGAAGAGCGGACGUCUGGGCCGUCGGUCCCCGCCUACCCUCCUGUCAGUAGCGCCGCGCACUCUGCUCACCCCGCCCACUCUGCUCACCCCGCCCACUCCGCCCACCCCCACCGCCCGCCCCCACCCCCUCCCCAACCCCCAAAACACACCAUCAUCCCCUGGUCCUCCUGGGCCUCCCAAACCCGGCUGAUCCAAGAACGUCACCCUGUCUCGCACGUCUGCUACGUCGCCGGGUACAGAUACGUAACCUACGACCGGGUCCCUGCCGCUCUCGGCCCGCAUGUCGGAGCGUGCGUUGUCAGAGUACUAGACUUCAACCCCGUCGCGCUGCGUAAAGAGCUACUCGAAGGCGUCGACCCCCUAGAAGACGCCCCUACCGGUGUCGUCCGCCGGGUAGUGACAGUCCCGAGCGGGGAAGUGACGCUCUUCGCUAACGGCGACCAGAAAGUGGAAACCCAAUUACCGUAUGCGGAAUGUGUGGCUCAAGUCGUAUUUCCGGAUGCGGUGGGCGUGCUUUUGGAUAUGGAACGGAUAAUUGUUUUGCGCAGAGCGGGGGGGAGGCAGGUGCUUGAUGUGCUCGCUUUCUGAGUGCGUGAGGGGAGGGAAGGAUUGUGCGAGCAGCGAAAGGCGGUUGGGGGAGGAAGAGAACUCCCGAGCGGGAAGCGGGGGAAGCGGGCGCUGUCCUUAACCUAUGUAACUCCUUUCCCAAUUCCCUCCAUCCCCCGAAGCGGGGGGAAGCGGGCGCUGUCCUUAACCUAUGUAACUCCUUUCCCAAUCUCCGUGCGUCAUUCUCAAGCAGACGGUAUGUCGCCAAUUCCG